UCAUCUUCCAUCCUUUUAUAUAGGUUUUCUUCACGACACUCAUCCAAGAAACAGAAAAGAAAAGAAAAGAAAAGAAAAUUUUGUCUUCUCAUUUCAAGUAAAACAAUAUGUCGAGGGCUGGCGUUGAGUUUGAUUUCUUCGGCAUGGAGAAAGAGAAUUCUUCCAAAUCUCAGUUUCAGAAAUUCCUCGAUCGCCGUCGAAGUUUCCGGGGUCUUCAAGGCGCCAUUUCGAAGAUGAAUCCGGAGAUGAUCAAAUCAGUGAUUUCCUCUGGUUUGACAAACCCACCGAGUCAGGAUCAGAUUGAGUCGAACAAAUCUGCUUCGGUCCCUUCGAGUCCCAAGGAAACCCAGUCUCUUUUUCCAGCUUUACCUCUUCUUACCUCCGCCGCCAGGGCUGCGCCUGAGAAUGGUCCUGGAACAGCUCCCUUGACCAUUUUCUACAAUGGAACGGUCUCCGUUUUCAAUCUACCUCGUGAUAAGGCGGAGAGCAUCUUAAAACUCGCUGUUGAAGGAGUCUCAGAGACAGUUGAAUCAAUAGACUCAGAAGUGGCAACUCCUUCAAGCGAUCAACAACAACAGCUUCUUGAAACUCUUGACGAAGAUUUACCAAUUGCCCGGAGGAAGUCUUUGCAGCGGUUUCUGGAAAAGCGCAAGGAGAGAUUGACUUGUGCAUCCCCAUAUGGUUGUUAGUCCUUAAAAACCGUGUUUGGAGUCGAUGGAGCCAUUUCUAUUGGCCCAUAUUGCCUACUAUCGAAUGUAAAAUACAGGUCAUAUGUAUAAUAUACGUAUCUGAAGUUGAGAGGAGAACGUUUUUGGCGAUGGGGGAGUGAUAUGACAUUUUGUAUCCGAUGCCUGUGCUUUCCCACCACUUUCCUUUUGCUUUUCUCGACGGUGGGUGCCGUUCUUUUCAAUUUUUUAAUUUCAAGUCACCUGUUGUACUGACUUUUCUUUGGAAAAACGUUGCCCUUCUUAAUUUCUUUUGUACUCGUUUAAAUUAUGGCUUUUGGCCCGCUUCUCGGAUGUUUCGUUCGUCGUCCUCACUCGUGAAAUAAACGCCACGGUUGGUGCAGCGAAACCGACACGUGUUUAAAAAAUAUGCUUGACGAAUUGAACCGUUCAAAACAGACAGGGU